GAUUUACGACCUCCGACUACUGAUUCUCGAGCAGAAAAUCCAAAUGCUAAUUACAACGCUUCCUGCAAUUACAACAGUAAUAACAAUUAUCCCACGAUGGAUGAUAACGUCUCCUCAGCAUCUUAUACCAAUACAUCUGGUAACGUUACUAUGUCUUCGCAAUCUUACCCUACCACCUCAUCAGAUCCUCCACACCCCUUAGUACCGCAAUAUACUCAACAACAAAUUCAACAAGUCCAACAACCUAUUUGUCAACAAAAUGGCGAAAUUAAUAAUAUUCAACAACAAUUCCUCAAUACUACUCAGCCUAUUACCCAGAAUGUACCACAUUUCAUUCAGAAUAAUUCUAAUUCUUCAUCGUUCAAUACUUCUCAAAUUAACCAUUCUGAAAUCCUUACAUUUGAAAUUCCUGGGAUCAAAAUUAUCGUCAUACCUACUUUUCCUCCAAUGUUUAAUUCCUCUCGAACAAAUCAUUCUGAAAUCUUUACAUUUGACAUUCCUGGGUCUAAAGUUAUCGUUAUCACACUUUCUUUCCAAUGAUUAAUUCUUUUAAAUGAGCCAUUUUUCAGGUCUUAACUUAUUCAUUUGAUCUUUAUUAUUCUUUUUAUUUCAUU